AUGGCCUUCCUCCUGGGAGGAUCAGUUGCUGCAUUUCUUCUUCUCCUAUUCACCACAGUGAAGACGUGCCAUCUCGGUUGUCGGUGUGAGGAGCAGAGUUUCGGAUUGUUCAACAGCUUCAGCCUGACCAGAGUGGACUGCAGUGGACUGGGACCAAACAUAAUUCCGGUUUCAAUUCCUGUAGAAACUUCUUUGCUGGAUCUUUCCUCCAAUGGAAUCCGCUCUAUCGAAGGUGCUGUCCUCUCUGGGCCCGGAUACACCACCCUGUCUAGUCUCAACUUGAGCAACAAUCUUAUCUCUGUCAUGAAUGGAAGCGUUUUUUCCAAAUUGCGAUAUCUGGAGACACUAGAUCUGAGCUGGAACGCCAUCAAGGUCCUUGUGGAAGGUUUUUCAGGACUUCCUCUGGCCGAGGUAGAUCUGAGUCACAACCUAAUUCAUGAAAUCGACCUAAAUGUCUUUCGAGUCCAGGAUCAUGGAAGGCCUUUCAGUGUGGAUCUGUCUUAUAACUUGCUGAAAUCUGUUACGAGAAGUAAACUUUCACAACCUCUCAACAUACAGAGCCUUAAUUUAGCAGGAAAUGAGCUGACAUCCGUGCCAAACCUGCAGGACAUCUCUUUAUGGUUUCUCACCCUGGAUGAUAACCCCAUAUCUGUCAUUGAUGAACAGAGUUUCGUUGGAUUGAAAUAUCUCAUCCAUCUUUCUCUCAGCUUAAUGCCUGACUUACAAACCAUCAAACCUCAAAGUUUACAAGAUCUCCAAAACCUACAAGUGCUUGACCUUUCGAAUAACAAAAGACUUAAGACAUUGAGUGCAGAGGUUUUUCAUGGCCUUACAUCACUGCAGGAGCUCAAUUUGUUGAACUGCUGGCUCACGUCUUUGCCGGCUAACAUCCUCCAGCUCCUCCCAAGCAUUAAGAGCAUUGCCCUGAGGGAAGGAGUGAACUGUUGGAGGAUCCAGAAGCAGGAACGAUUUCACAGAUUUGUCCGACGGAGUGAAGCUGAGGCAGCUCUAACCUGUGAUGUGACUGGUGUAAUUUUGUGAGAAACAAAAGAAGACUCUUCGCCUAGUUUGUACCUUAACAGUAUUGUGAAUGAGUUAGUUGUCUUAGUCUUUUUGAUGAUGUCUUAUUACCUUAUACAUAAACGAUUUGGUUACUUUUAACAAGUCAGACAAAGGCUUUUUUUGCAGGCAGAAACGAGCUCUUUUUUGUAAUCGUUGGUUGUUCGUUUCUCAUGUAAGGCUCAUUAUUGCAACCUGGGUGGAGGAAUUAUCACAUGAAUCAACCUGCAUACUGAACCCAAGCCAUUUAGAAAAGAGGCAUCCACCCAA